GCGUGCGCAGUUUCAACCCUCCGCCCCAAACUGCCAACUCUUCGCGCAAGCGGGGUAGACGCGCCUGCCCUGGGUUUACGCGUGCGCACUAGCGGGCCUGGCUCCGGAAGACCAGACGCCUGCGCAGUGGGGACUACGGUGACAGUCCCCUGGCUAGGACGCCGGCCAGUCAUGGCGGAGCCUUGGUCUGGGCAGUCCUUGCAGGCUCUGCCGGCCACGGUGCUGGGCGCUCUGGGCGCCCUCGGCAGCGAGUUCCUGCUGGAGUGGGAGGCGCAGGACAUGCGCGUGACCCUCUUCAAGCUGCUGCUGCUUUGGUUGGUGUUAAGUCUCCUGAGCAUCCAGCUGGCGUGGGGGUUCUACGGGAGUACGGUGACCGGGCUGUAUCACCGGCCAGAUACCCACCCCCAGCUUGCUGCAGCUCUGGAUGUGUUCCUGCCCCCAGGUCUGGGCGGCCAGAAUGGAUCCACACCUGAUGGCUCCACGCAUUUCCCUUCCUGGGAAACAGCAGCAAAUGAACCUCUUAAAACCCACAGAGAAUAAGGGAAGGCAGCAGAGGGGUCUCCAGGAACAUCACCAGGGACCCAGGGAAUCCUGGCCUGGACACAGCCUUAUAUUUUAUGGUUACUUAGCUGGCCAUUCACGUAUGACAGUGGACACCAAACACCCACCUCCUUUGGCUCAUCCUGAGCUCUCCAGGUGUGAGUCAGGCUAUAUAAGUUGUCUUUUCAUUGUACUCAUAUUCCUCUUAAUCCCUCCCAGAAGGAAGCUGGGUACCUAAAAGUGGCUGAGUCCUGGGGGUGACCUCCCAUCCCCACUGCUUAAGUGCCUGUGGGGUUGGGGAUCUGUACCCCGCCCCUCAAAGGGACAUAUCGAGCUGUUUAGUGCAAAGCGGUCCCAUCGUGCCCUGCAGCCUCACCACUUCCCAUCUUGACCUGGAACCAGAGGAGCUUCGUUCUAAGAGCCCACAGGCUAGGCAGGCCUGCCACUUCCACAGUGAGCCAAGGGAACUUCCAAAGGUAUAAGUGGCAAACACCAGUUCCUGAAAGCAGUGUGGCCCUAGACCUGCCUCCUUCCCUGAUGGACAUACUUCUGCCUGCUUCUGCUGGGCCAGCGGCUACCUCAGUGUCCCACUGCUUCCUUCCUCUCUGUUAAAUGUCAUAUUUCCAUCUGGCAGCCUUUGCCUAGGCUGUCUUUGCAGAGUGCACUGGAGUAGGACUAUGCUGAGCUCAUGCACGAGUACUCCGGAGUAUCUUCUGGCUGGUGGGAUGAUGGUUCUACUGCCCCAGGCCUAUCCACUGACAACAAACACCACACUCAGAAUUGGUCCUACAUUUCACCCCAGGCUCAACUGAGGAUGUGGCUUAUUAAACAUGGAAGUGCAUCAGCUGUGUGGUUA